AGUUAUAUUUUUGAAGAAAGAUUUCACUGAAUAAGGAUGCCUUUUCGUCGUUUGUUCAGAGAACGGGCGGAUAGCAGGGCGGAGCGGCCUGUUGUCGAAAACAGGGACACAUAUCGGAAUGAAAUCGAGUCCUUGCGGAACAUGAACGCGACUCUGGCGCGGCAGAUGCUGCAGCAGGAGGCUCAGUUUGAGGAGGAGAAGGAGGAGCUGAGGAAGAAGAUGCGGCGGCAGGACGCCAGGAUGCUCAUGAAGGAUAACCAGAUCCUCAAGAUGAGGAGAGCACUGGACGAACAGAACGUGGAGAUACAGGAGUACAAAGAACAGGUUGCGGAGUUAGAGGAAAAGAUAAAGACCUGCAAGGCAAAGUUCGCUGCCCGGGCAGAAAAGUGGAGACAGAAAGUCAACAAGACUGCGGAGGAAGUGUUCACGGACUUCCAGCUGAAAUGUCAAAAACAAGUCAAGGAACACUUGCACGACGUCCACGAGGAACUGGCCGACCUCCGACUCGACCUCCGGGACAGUCAGGACGAGGAGAAGCGCCUCUUGCAGGAGUUGACGGUACUGCAGGAUGACAUGGAUGGUCUCCAGCGCGUGUUCAGCGCGGAGAGGUGGGAGGACGCCGUGGACAGCGCGCUGAGGAUGAAAGACCGGUGCGCUGAGCUGGAGAGGCAGAGUCAGGAGAACAAAGACCUGCGGCAAGAGAUGGGCAUUCUGCGUCAGGAGCUGCAGGGUCUUCGACAAGCCUCUCCAAGUCCCGUAACCUUGGAAGAAGGGCACAAGUUUUUCUUCGAAAAGGACACCGCCAUCUUGGACACCAGUCUCGCCAGCCACCUGCCCUGUGGCGAGCAUCAGACGUGAGCUGCACAACUAGAACUCUGCUCUACGUGUUAGGGUCUUGGUGAUAGCAUAUCCGUGUAUACUAGGCUAUACUGUCCUCCUUAUUGAACAAUAGGUACUAAUUACAAUCCAUGGCACAUGUACCAAGUUCUAUACACUACAUGUAUUGUUUUGUUGCGAAUAGAACUUCUAGUUCUGUCGGUCUUUGCAAGGGAAGACGAUGACUAAGAGGAUAGCCGAAGAAACUGUGAAAGACGCCAGUCUACCGACAAAUUGAAGACCAUGG